GCCAGGACCGAAUCCUGGCUCACCAUGUGAGCCUGGCACCACCAAGCCCACUGUCCCCACCGAGCUCUGCUGUCCCCGUGCCCAGCGGUGCCAGGUCCCGGCAUGAGGACAGGAGGGACAAAGACACCUUUGCAGGCUCGAAUGUGCCAGUGGGCAGGUGGUCAGAGUCCCCUCCUCACCACAGCCCACCCAGCUGCCGGUGGCACCUGGAUGUCACCCCAGGGCCACCAUGCCACCUUCCUGUGACGUCUCCUCAUCACAUGAAGGUUCUUGCAGCUUCGGUUGCUGCUUCCUGCCUGUCGCAGGCAGCAGAGGCAGGAGCACAGGCAGGGCAGCGGUGCUGCCCCACCCUGCCUGCCCCCCUGCCCGUCCCCCUGCCCACUGCAUCGCCUCCGGCCACCGGCAGCCAGGGCCCCACGUGGCCGAGCAGAGGGGACCCCAUGGAUGAUGACCGUCCCCUCUUCACCACCUUCAAGCCCUUCGGUGAGGACAACACAGCCAGAGCCAAGCCAGCACCCAACACAACCCCCAUCCAGCCCCCGGGGGCAGAGCAGUCCCCGGGACACCACAACAGACGUGGCAGGGUCCCUCCAGGCUUCUGGUCACCUCCGCCAGCCCAGUCCCUGCCCGAGGGGGACCCGCGGCCAGAGCAGGUGGCCCUGCGUGCCCGGACGAGGCUGUGGUUUGAGCAGACACAAGCCCAGAGGCUGGGGCCCAAGGGGGAGCUCCCAACGUGGUUCCACGGCUUCAUCAGCCGGAGGGAGGCAGAGGAGCUGCUGCAGGAUCAGCCCCUGGGCUGCUUCCUGGUCCGCUUCAGCGAGAGCACCGUCGGCUUCGUCCUCUCCUACAGGGGUAGGGAUCGCUGCCGGCACUUUGUCCUGGACCAGCUGCCGGACGGGCGAUACGUGGUCCUGGGGGAGCGCAGCGCCCACGCCGAGCUGGCCGAGCUGCUGCAGCACUACGCCACGGCCCCCGUCACGCCGUACCACGAGUUCCUCACCGUGCCCCUGCCGUGUGGAUGGAAAGACGAGCCCCGAGGACGGGCGCAGCCCCCAGCUGGCAGCGAUGCUGCACAUUCCCCACUGAGCGAAGCACCAGCAAAGCUCCCGGACUACAACCCAGUGUCCCUGGAGCUCCCCAGAGCCGAGGGCGGCUCCGGCAGGGAGGCUCCCGGUGCUCCGCCGUCGCUCCCUGCUAAGACCAGCGCCCGGGGCGCGGCUCAGGGGCCGCACAGCCCCUCCGGCAGCGCGGCAGCGCCCGAGGCUCCCUAUGCCCAGGUGCACAGAGAAGCCGCCCGCCCCGAGCCCCCCGAGGCCAAGUACCAGCAGCUCUUGUGUUUCCACGUCUACGCCGAGCCCCGCGAGGACAUCGCCCCCAGCCCCCCCGAGCCCGAGGAGCCCGGCCCCGAGGAACCCAUCCCCUUCUAUGCCAUGGCCCGGGGCUGGAGCCGCCGCGCCGGCCCCGAGGAGAACAUCUACUCCGAGGUGGCACUGGCCCGGCAGGAUCCGCCCGCUCGGCUCCCCACGGCACCCCAAAACGCCUUCUCCACGCUGCCCCUCAAACCCCGGCCCCACCGCCGGCUCUUCCGCAGCGUUUCCAGCCAGGACUGCAAGAGGAGGCAGCUGUCGGCGGUGCCCAGCACGGACAGGGAGGACCGAGGAGCUUCCAGCACAGGCACAGAGGUCAUUCUGAACCCUGCCCUGGAGCUGGAUGACCCCGUGUACAGCCGGAGCACACACAGGGAGCAGCAAACCACGGCCAUGGCUGAGAACGUGUACGAGCAGCUGCCUGGGGACUGUCCCUAAGCACCCGCACAGGUGGGCCCAGGACAAGACCUGGCUCCCAGGCAGGAGGAACCUCACUCAGCCUCCCUCUCAUUGAAGGAAGCCCUCAGCCCUGCGAGGAGAGGUCCAAGGCUGCUGUUGGCCCCAGCCAGUGAUGCCAAUCUGCUCCGUGGGGAGCCCCUGCUCUUCCGGCUUCCCAGCCCUGCUGGAGCAGGGGGGAGCAAGGUUACCUUACCCAUGAACACAUUCCAGGAGAGUUAUUUUAAUAAAAUGAGGGCAAAAAAGGCUGUUACAGGAAAAACAGGGAUGAGUUUGGCGCAGCUGGUGCAUGCAGUUGUUGGAUAUUAAAUUGGCCAGAAACUGGAGUGAUGCUGCAGGCAGGGCUAUGCUGAACCGCCCCAGCCUGCAGCCAACACUCCAAGCCCUGCCUGCUUCCUCAGCCACAGAACUUGGGAUGACACCAGUGUCCCAGGGCUGCCCCGUGGAGCACAAACCCCGGCUGGAACAACCCCAAGCCACGGUGGUGCCGGGCAGUGUCGGUGGUGCUGCCACCUCUACAGGAGCAGGGAGCCAGGAUGGCCAAAGCCCGGGCUCAGAGGGAAAAGAGAGGGCUGGGGCAUUGUAGCUGUUUUGUCUCCAGUAAAAAUCACUUCUGACUUUUCACAAA